CUUGCAGCUAAAUGGGGGCGUUGAGUGGGGCUGGAGCGAUGGGAGCGGCUGUGGCGGCCUUUUACGUGACAGCUGCCCCCCACUCCGCGCUCGGGGGAGACUCUGGGGAACUGAUCACAGCUGCCUAUGAGCUUGGAGUUGCUCAUCCUCCUGGCUACCCCCUCUUCACUCUUUUGGCUAAACUGGCCAUUGAGCUUUUUCCCUUUGGUUCUGCUGCGUAUCGUGUCAAUCUCCUCUGCGCCUUGUUGGGGGCAGCUGCAGCAUCGCUUCUGUUUUAUACAGUUGUCAGGCUUUCUGGCUCGCAGGCGGCAGGAGUCUUUGCUGUGGGGAUGUUUUCGUUUUCCCGUCUAACGUGGCAAUGGUCUAUCACAGCAGAGGUUUUCAGCUUAAACAAUCUGUUUGUGGGGCUGCUGAUGGCGCUUUCCGUGCAAUUCGAGGAAGCAACAACUGCAAAAGAGAGAUCAAAGAUCUGUAAAGUGGGUGCCUUCUCUUGUGGACUUAGCAUGUGCAACCAACAUACCAUUGUGAUCUACGUGCUUUGCAUUGCUUUGUGGGUUUCCUCUCGCUUGUUCAGAGAGAGAGAGGUGACCCUGAGCAAUGUGCUGAAAUUAGGCUCCUGCUUCUUGGCUGGUUGUCUGCCUUAUCUCUACUUGCCUAUCUCUGCCUACCUCAAUAAAGCUCGAUGGACCUGGGGAGACCAGACAACCUUGAAAGGAUUUAUGACCCAUCUUCUCCGGGAAGAGUAUGGCACAUUCAAUCUGGUAAAAUUGGAAAAUGGAUCCAGUACGACUGAUGUAUUGCUGUGCUCCGACACGAGUGAUGUUGAGGUGGCCACACCAACCCCAGCUACACCCUACCCCAGCAAUGCCUCCCCAGCCCCCGCGUUAUUCAUUUUGCAAUUUCUUGUUGCAUGUGUAAACUGUCUUCAUAAACUCUUCAAAUUAUAUUUUUUCCUCCACUUUAGACCGAAGACAGAGAAGUCACAGCUGAUUUGGCUCUUUACGUCAAUGUUAUUGAUAUACUCUCUUUUCUUUGCUUGGAGGGCAAAUUUGGAUAUUUCAAAGCCCCUGUUUAAGGGGGUGGUCGAGCGAUUCUGGAUGCAAAGCAAUGCAGUGAUUGUCGUUCUAGCUGGCUUUGGCUUCUCUUUACUCUUUUUUCUUGUUGAGAUAUUUAUUGGAAACAGCAGAAUGGUUUACAGUUUGGAAUGGCUUCUGGCAGCUGUUCUUGUUACUGCUCAAAUCUAUUCCAAUUACAGUGUCUGUGACCAAAGUAACAACCAUGUUGUUGACCGGUUUGCCAUGAAUCUUUUGUCCUCCAUGCCUCCAGAUGCCAUCAUCUUGCUAAGAGGGGACCUGCCUGGGAAUUCUCUUCGCUACAUGCAUCACUGUGAGGGUAUAAGACCUGAUAUCACCUUAGUUGACCAAGAGCAAAGACACCUUUGUCUGUAUUGGACUCCAUGAAGGUGACCCUACCUGGAAAAAAGACUAUUCCCUUUGGCCCUGGGGCUCUUGUGAUAAACUUGUAUCUUCAAAAGUUCCCUUUGAUCCUGAAAUGUGGGUUGAGCGUACCCAAAACCUCUACAACUGGACUGAGGAAUAUGGCAGGUUUGACUCAUCUUCCUGGGAGUUGGUAGCAAAUGAAGAGAUGUGGCAAGCCAGGAUGAAAACAGCCUUCUUUCUUUUUGACCUUGCAGAAACUGGUUCCACAUCUGUGGAAGAGAAAGCAAAGCUUUACAUCCUUGCUUAUAAGCUGUACAAGGAAAUUGUAAACACGUACAAAACUCAUCCAGUGAACUGGCACAAAAAUUACGCCAUCGCCUGCGAGAGGGUGCUACAUCUUCACCCAGCGAGGGAAGACCCAGAAGUGCUACUCUUAGAAAUCAUCAAACACUUCCGCUUUUACUUGGAGGAAGCUGCAGAUGAUCCCCAGCAGAGCAGCAUUUUGCAAGCCAUAAAGCAUAUGAAGAAAGAACUUCGGGAAGUGAGAAAACUGAAGAAGGCAGCGAGGCGGCUUGCAUAGGAUGUGCUGAUGAGCUCCAAGGGAAAAUUUGUUGGAGAGGAAAUGAAGAGUAAGAGAAGGAUUCCGUAGAUUGUGGGGGGGAAAACAAGCUUAAAUGCAGGGUUUUGGAUAGGAGGAAAAUACUAAAUCAAAAGAAGGGGGUGUAGAGAAGCAUAAACAAAGGCUGGGGGGGAUAUGAAUUGGGAUUUUUCUCCCUUUUGAUGUUACAAUGUGGGGGGUCAUUAAACAAAGCUGAACAUUGGAGAUUCUAACUGAAAACAUCUUAAUAAAGUACAUUGGUAAUUAGAGCCCUGGUGGCGCAGUGGUUAGAAUGAAGUAUUGCAGGCUAACUGCCCAUCGUCUUGAGUUCAAUCCUGAUUGGCUGAAGGUUGACUUAGUUUUUUAUCCUCAGGUAUGGUUGACUAGGCACUGUCGUUUGCUGUGAACAUGGCUACCAGAUAGAACAGGGAUGUCAAACUCAAUUUUAUUAAGGUCCACAUCAGAGUUGAGUUUGAUUUCAGUGGGCCAGGGUAGGCAUGGUCAGCUUAAUGUCACUCCUGUUGGGGGUACCUGUGACGUCCCGAGCGCUCUGCCAACGAAAACGGGCUCCCAAGCUCUGUUUCCAGCUGUGAUGGCUUCCUGCAAUCCUCUGCCAGUGAAAA